UGUGGAAAACCACUACGCACUGUAUCAUACAUUGUUGACCUAAUGACAAGUGUUGCACAAUCUAGACAAUGUCGCUUAAGCUUUUGCGGCGUUACUAAAAUUGUAAUCGUGGAAAUUUCCAGAAGCACCUGGAAUUUAAUUACACAUUUUCUCCUAGUAACGUAAUGGAUCACAAUUACAUAUAUUUUAUAAUUAAGGGGGGGGGGGGGGGGGGGUCAAAUUUGUAAGAUAGAUAGAUAAAAAGUUGAUUCAUCCACAAGGCAAAUUCACUGUUUCAGCAGUUUGCACAAGAAAAAAAAACAAAAAACAAUGGAAAGCAGGCAAGGUAGCUUAGUUUACUUCUAAUAUUACAAAUGUGAAAAAUAUUAAACAUAGGAUCUAUAUACGUUAUUUGAAUGUGCAUACAUACAAUCGAGGUCAUGAUUCCAGUGUGAUCUGAAGGUCUGGAAUAAGGAAUAAUAAAUCUUCGUAAACCAAUGAAAUGACACGUCGGUACCGUGAACCAAGGAUCCUUUUGUCCUCUGCAAGAUCCUUCCUGUAUUCUCAUUCAACUCCCAGCAAGGGCAUGAGAGAGAGGGAGGGAGGGUCUGCACGCCCACCCCCGCCCCCACCCGAGCAGGAGAGUCAGCAGAAAAGAAAAGAGCAUCCCGCCGAUGGAACAUUACCACCAUGAAACGGCUGCAAUAUGGAGCGUAGUGCUCGUGCAUCCGUGGUGAUUUUUUUUGUUUGUUUUUUUUCCAAGUGAGGGGGGUAUGCGCCUGCUGUUGGUGGGGGUGUAGUUUUUGUUGUUGUCGGUGCAACCCGAGUGACGGUGGCAGCUGAGGACGAGGCAGAGGAAUCCCCACGUGGGCGCCUGAUCUGGUCUGGGGGGUCAACGUGAGGAGAGCGCAUAGCUCGGAUAAGCAGACGAGCACGAAGGGCGCAGCCGAGCUAAAAAGCUGCAAAGCCAUAUAAACGAACAAAGAGGGCUUGAAAUGCGGGAGAGCCAUGUUGUCCAGAAAGGGGCUCAUUCCGGAGGACUACCUGCUGACGCGCUUGGCCGAGGACGUCCAACAGCCCAAGUUCAAAUCGAAAGCAAGGAAAGCCCGCUUCGUGGCCAAGAACGGCGCCUGCAAUGUGGCGCACACCAACAUCCGCGAGCAGGGUCGCUUCCUGCAGGACGUCUUCACCACUCUGGUGGACCUGAAAUGGCUCCACACGCUCAUCAUCUUCACCAUGUCGUUCCUGUGCAGCUGGCUUCUGUUCGGGAUGGUCUGGUGGCUCAUCGCCUUCGCGCACGGCGACUUGGACCGGCGGGCGGGCGACUCGGCGCCGUGCGUCACGGACAUCCACUCCUUCUCCUCCGCCUUCCUCUUCUCCAUCGAGGUGCAGGUGACCAUCGGCUUCGGGGCGAGGAUGGUGACGGAGGAGUGCUUGUCCGCCAUCGUCGUCCUGAUCGUGCAGAACAUCGUGGGGCUGGUCAUCAACGCCAUCAUGCUGGGCUGCAUCUUCAUGAAGACGGCGCAGGCGCACAGGCGCGCCGAGACGCUCAUCUUCAGCAAGCACGCCGUCAUUUCGGUGCGGAACAACAAACUCUGCUUCAUGGUGCGAAUCGGCGACCUGAGGAAGAGCAUGAUCAUCAGCGCCACCGUGCGGAUGCAGGUGGUCAGGAGAAGCACCACCGAGGAGGGCGAGGUGGUGCCCCUGGACCAGAUCGACAUCCACAUGGAUAACCCGGUGGGCACCAACGGGGUCUUCCUGGUGUCCCCGCUCAUCAUCUGCCACGUCAUCGACAAGGACAGUCCCCUGUACGGCACGUCCGCCGCGGACCUGCAGCACGACGACGUGGAGGUCGUCGUGGUCCUGGAGGGCGUGGUGGAGACCACCGGCAUCACCACGCAAGCCAGGACCUCCUACGUGUCCGAGGAGAUCCUGUGGGGCCAGCGGUUCGUGCCCACCGUGUCCGAGGAGGACGGCAUGUACGCGGUGGACUACUCCAAGUUCGGCAACACGCAGAAGGUUCCCACGCCGUGCUGCAGUGCCGAGAAAAUGGACGAGGCGGGCGGCAUAGCGAGGUUUAAAGUCAACGAGGGCGUCAACUUGCGGCCGUCGGCGAGGAGGCGGCGGGGGGCCAGCGUGGCCCGGCGCUCCAGGUUGGAGAGCCGAUGACAAUUGAACCUCAUCCGAAC